AUGGGUGACUCCUAUUACGAGUACCUGCUGAAGCAAUGGAUCCAGGGAGGCAAGAAGGAUGCCCGGCUCAAAGAUGCCUGGAAACGAGCUAUGAAAGAGAUGAUGGACACAAUGGUCGUCAGAACCUCCAGCGGUCUGCAGUUUGUUGCAGAGCUCGAGGGGACACGGCAGCGGAAUCGAAUGGACCACCUGGCCUGCUUUGUGGCCGGCAUGCUGAUGCUGGGCAGCAGGACGCUUCCCAAAGAAGAGGUGGACCCUCGUUGGGAGCCCUUUGCAGCCGAGCUGACCUACACCUGCUACCAGAUGUAUGUGCGCAUGCCCACGGGACUCUCGCCGGAGUAUGUGGCAUUCAACCUGCAAGCCGCACGGGGCCAGGAGAUGUCUGUACCCGGAGAUGCGCCCCACAACUUGCUUCGCCCUGAGGCCGCUGAGGCGCUGUGGUACAUGUGGUACUACACAGGGGACCACAAGUACCGGCAGUGGGCGAAGUAUGGAUUCUCGGCGAUAACAGAUGUCCGCAAGAAGCCGCCGCCGAAGCGUGACGCCCAGGAGAGCUUCUGGCUUGGGGAGACGUUGAAGCGCCAUGGCUCCAAACGGUACUUUUACCUUCUGUUUUCACCAAGAACCACACUCAAUCUGGAGGAGUUCGUUUUGAACACGGAGGCGCAACCUCUGCGAAUCAUGGCCUGGAGCUUACUCGUGCCAGUGAGGGCUCCAAGAUCCGACAUGCUCGGCCAGCACAACUUGAAGUCCCCAGUCUGGAUAGGAGGUCGAUUCAAGCUUGUUAUCUUGGAAUCCGUUCACAAGGCCGACGAGGCUGUCGAAGCAGUUGACCUGACCUGCACUCGGCUUUGCCACAUGUCCAAGUGGGCCGUUCUAGGCCCCUGGAUGUUUAGCAGCGGUGUCGAGCCGCUGGCCGCGUUCGGCGGCAUCCAAGAUGUCGCGGGGCGGUUGCCCUCCACAUUCUGGACUGCGCUCCGGGAGCGUGCCGAACUUUGGCAUGAUUCCUUUUCGGAGCAGUUGGACUACGACAAGGCGUUGAACAAGGUCUUUUCGCACCUUGCCGCCAAGAACAGCUCCUUACUUCCUCGUGCUCUGAGCGAGUCACUGGAAUCGUUUCCCACAGAGGUGGGCCCCGGAGGGCGCACACUUUGGGGCUUCGCCCUGGCAAACUACUCGGACGAAAGGGUGGAGGUCAACUUCACCCAGCUGGCAGUCACAGCUGGCUGGACUGAUCACUCUGCCCUAGAAUGUUGGUCCACUGCCCUCGUUGGCAUGCUCACUGCACGUGUUGCUGCAGGCAGGAACCCAAAGCUUUUCUCAGAUGAGACUGGCCAUGGCAGUGGCUGGGCAAUGGGUGAGUUUAACCUUACGAGCGACACAACGAUUUUGGCGAAGUGCUCGAGCUCGUUUUAUUUGGACUCUGAUUUAGCUUUGCGCUUGGCGGACGUUUAUGGGGAGAACCGGUCCGUGCAUAUUCUGCACUUGCAGAAGGGGCAGCACCGAGUCUUUGUCAAGGCGGCAGAGCCAGGCUUCCGCUGCGAGUUCCUUCUGGAUGGCGCGGCAGCACGGGAAGCCUUGACGGGCGUGGCAGCUGGUGGGCCCGAGAAGGUACUCAGCCCUUUCGUCUUGCUGAAGGACGUAGCCGUCUCGGAGGUCAUCGGCUCUGAUCUGGCUUCUCCUCACCUGGGUAUCCCCAUCCUCAACACUGCCCGGGAGCCCUUGCACUUGCUCAGCGCUGCGAUUGUCGAAGAAGCGGCGAACCUCAGUGUCCAAGGAGUCCAUCCCGGCGAUUUGCCUGCUGUACAACCUGGGCAAGCCAUGAUUCUGAGGCUGAACCUUCAGCAGGGUGGGCAGCUGACCUGCCAUGGGCAGCCCAAGGUUUUCACCUUCACGGUAGCGCUGCAGCCAGAGGGCAACCACGCGCCGGUCCAUGCCUCCAUCACCACGCAAUGCCGCCGCAGUGCGGAUCGCGGCUUCCUUGUGGCCUACCCAGACUUCGAUGGCUCGAUCCAAAAGCUCUGGGCGGCACCUCCAGAUGUUAGCCAAUUUGCCAAUAGGACCUGCCCGCCUCGAGGUUGUCCGGUGAUGCUCUCUCUGCACGGUUAUGAGCUGGGCGGGGAGACGCUCGGCCUGGACAAUGCCUUGGGUGCCCUGCGCUAUGUUCGCGACGAGCUGCCAGGAGCCCCAGGCAACGUGACCGAGCGACGAAAGAGCCACAGCUUGGACGACACCCGAGUGCUGGUGACAGGCCACUCCAUGGGUGGCCACGGCUGCUUUGUGUUCGCCAGCCUUCUCGAUGGAACCCGUCGCGGUUUGCUGGAAGAAGCCCGCUUUGAGCACGCGGCGGAUUUCGCACAUGAGAACCUGGUUGGCGUACCUAUGCUCGUGAUCUACGGGAGCAAGGACGACAAUGUCCCACCGACACAACCUCGCAACAUGGUCCGUUUGCUCGAAUCGGCCGGGCAGCUUGUCAGACUGCAGAAAGACAGCACCGUGACAGCCGUCGAGCUUCCAGGUGUGGGCCACUGGUUCGGCCAGGAUGAGCCUUCUUUGGCCAAGUGGUUUCAAGAGCGCUUGAACACUAGCUUUGCUGGCGGUGACCUGCGCCUGCCCGAGUUGCCGGAGUACUUC